GGCUCCUGCCCCGCCGCGGGCCCGCCUGCGUCGUGUCCCGCGGCCGCAGUGGCGUUCCCCUUCGGCCGAAGGAAGGAGCCCGGAGCAGCCGCCUCGUCCCCUCACCUGGGGUUGCGGCUUAAGUUCAGCGCGAUCCAAGAUAUAAAACAUCGCAUUCAAAAUGACUGAGCGAGUGGAGCAACGAGUCUGCAUCAAAUUUUGCGUUAAGCUUGAACAUUCGUCCGCGGAGACUGUUCGGAUCAUUCAGAAGGUUUUUGGGGACGACGCGAUGAGCGCAGCGCAAAUAAAAGUGUGGCACAAACGCUUCAAAGACGGUCGAGAAUCUGUGGAGAGCGACCCGCGUUCUGGAAGGCCUGCCACAAGCAGAACCCCUGAGAACGUGGAGCGUGUGCGGGCUGCCGUCAGCCAAGGUCGGCGACGGACGGUGCGCGAACUGGAAGCUGACCUGGGGAUCCCAAAAACUACCGUGUCCCAGAUUUUGACACAGGAUCUUGGCCUGAAACGUGUCACAGGGAAACUCAUUCCACAGCUUCUGCUACCAGAGCAGAAAGAACACCGUGCCGCAGUUGCUAGUGACUUGAUUCAAACCACUAGCAAGAAGGAGCCCGAUUUCCUCAAGAAGGUCGUCACCGGAGGUGAACCCUCGGUCUGCACCUGUGACCCAGCAACAAAGACCCCGCCAUCCCAAUGGAAGUCCCCUGGUUCCCCACGCCCGAAGAAGGCGAGGCAAGGCCGCAAGAUCAAGAGCAUGUUAACUGUUUUUUGAUUGGGAAGGUGUUGCCCAUCACGACUGUGCCCCUCCAGGCCAAACAGUUGAUAAGGAGCGCUACCUCAACGUUCUUCCUUGGUGGGGAGAUGCAACAUGGCGAAAACAGCCGCAGCUGUGGGCGACUGCUGAUUGGCAGCUUCACCGUGACCACACGCCCACUCAUGCAUCACGUCUGGUGCAGAGGUUCUUGGGGAAACAUCAAAUCACCCAGGUGACUCAGGCCCCUACAGCCCAGAUUUGGC